UACACAGUCAUUUCAUGACCACCAACAAACAGCCCAGUACAGGAGUCCAGGGUAACCAACAGCUGCAUGCAAGGUGUGUGUCCUAAGGUGUGUUUACAGAGGCUGUUGGUGAUACGACGAAGGUGUAAUGACUGGCCCAAAUAGAUAAUACGGAACCGACUAGAAGUGUAAGUGAAGAUUUAUGGACCUAUGCUGUUCACUAGGAAAGCGUCAAUCUCAGGUGAGUAUGGUGUGUGAGCUCACAGUGUAAGGACUUCAGAAGCAUCUCAGCGAGUUGUAGCGGUGGUCAGUUCUGAACAUGGCUCCCAGUGACUCUGAGCUCCCGGAUAAGAAAGAACUGAAGCCUGGUCUCCGUGUUUCACCCAUAACCGGGGCAGUGUUGGCCUUCCUGGCGAUAGCUGUUGCUGUUGGGGUUGGACUGAUCGUACAUUUCGUGGAGAAGGGCAAGGAGGUGAGGUGUGUGUGUUCCCCGGCCAAUGUAGCUCCGGGUGAGUCGAGCCUACACGCCGCUGCACUUCUCGAAGACUGCAAGAAUCUGGCCACAGACCCCAUGUCAGGGUUAUGCGGACUAUGCAACGCCGCCAAAGCAAAGGAAGAUGUCAUAUUUCUUCCCAAAACGGUCAAGCCAAUCUUCUAUGAUCUGGAAAUGAGACCAAAUAUGUACGAAGGCGAUCCGUCGGCCUUCACUUUCGAUGGCUAUGUGAAGAUAACCAUUGAGUGUCUAAAACCGACGAAUGACGUCAUUCUACACGCCAACAAACUUGACAUCACUUCAGGAACAGUUGAGUUCGGUGCUGAAGAUAACGCUUCUGACGAUGUGAAGUAUAUGUCACAUGACCUUGAUCCUGCCAAUCAACUUCUGAAAAUACAUUUGAAUAAAGAAAUGGCCAAGAACAAGGUCUACUAUUUGAAGAUGAACUUUACUGGACCUUUGAAGAAUGAUCUCGUUGGGUUUUACCUCAGUUCGUACAAACGAGGAGGCGCAGCCGUGUACCUAGCCUCCACCCAGUUCGAAUCUACAGACGCCCGCAAAGCCUUCCCGUGUUUUGAUGAACCUGAACUGAAGGCUCAUUUUAACAUCACCCUGGUACGGAGGCAGAAUCUGACAACGAUAUCAAACAUGAAGCUGCAGCGAACAGAGAACAGGGAAGCUGGCUUCGUGGCUGACAUUUACCCGACAACUCCAAUCAUGUCGACAUAUCUGGUGGCCUUCGUGGUGUCCGACUUUCAGUAUCUGUCCAACACAACCAGUAGAGGGCUGGAGUACCGCAUCUGGUCCCAGGAGGAAUCCCUCAGCUCCCUCCAGUACGCCAUGAGUGUUGGAACUAGGACCAUCUCCUUCUAUGAAAACUACUUCAAUAUAUCCUUCCCUCCAAAGCAAGACAUGGUUGCGAUUCCUGACUUCGGUCCCGGGGCCAUGGAGAACUGGGGCUGCAUCACCUACCGCGCUAUCCGGCUGUUCUACACUGACGGCAUCACGAGCUCCUCGGCCAAACAGUCUGUGCUGGUCGACAUCACACACGAACUGGCUCAUCAAUGGUUCGGCGACCUUGUCACAAUGAAGUGGUGGGAUGACCUCUGGCUCAAUGAAGGCUUCGCCACAUUUUUUGAAUAUUUUGGCGCUGACCACAUAGAGCCUGACUGGGAUAUGUAUAACCAGUUUGUUGCUGAGGAAAUAAUUCCUGUGUUUGAAACUGACGGAACAGUGACGUCACAUCCUGUUUACGUGGACGUGAAGAAACCAGAGGAGGUGGAGCAGAUUUUUGAUGACAUUUCCUACAACAAGGGCGGAUCAGUGUUGCGGAUGCUCAAGUUCUCCAUCGGUGAUGAGACCUUUCAGCGUGGACUCACUAGAUACCUGCGCUCCCGGGCCUACAGUAACGCUGAUCACAACGACCUAUGGGCUGCCUUAGAAGCGCAAGCUAAAGAGGACAAAAAGGACGUCCCUGUCGCCGACACGAUGAAGACGUGGACGCUGCAGAUGAACUAUCCAGUUGUCACGGUGUCCAGGGCGGGGAGCAACAAGCUGAAGCUGCAACAGAAGAGGUUCCUCUUGGACCCGUCAGCAGCGGACCCCGGGACCUACACAUCACCCUACGAAUACAAGUGGAACAUUCCGUUCACGUUCACAACCAGCUCCCACAAGAACUUCAGUGUAACUGACGCAGACAUCGUGUGGGUGAUGCGAGAUGCUGGAUCAGAUGUGUAUUCUACCAAUGUAAACAUACCGGAUACAAGUGAUGGCACGAGUUGGAUUGUGGGUAAUGUCCAACAUCACGGCUUCUACCGCGUCAACUACGAUGUGGACAACUGGAACAAUAUUAUCAGGCAGCUCAAAAUGGACCAUGACGCUAUCAUUCCGAUCAACCGAGCUCAGAUAAUAAACGACGCUGCCGAUCUGGCAAGAUCAGGACUGCUGGAGCAGCGUGUUGCUCUGGGGACGUUGGAGUACCUCGGGUCGGAGGUGAACUAUUACCCUUGGACCAUCGCCCUGACCAAACUGGACUACAUAGACUUGAUGUUAAGGGACACGGAGAUAUACGGCGCUUUCCAGGAUUUCCUGAGAACGAGCAGCUCCACGGCCUUCAAACACUACGGCUUUGAGGACUCCGGUCCCAGCCACAUAGAAUCGUAUGCCCGAAAGAUGGUCGUCAGUGCAGCGUGCUCAUCCCAAAACCCAACGUGCCGACAACGAGCUAAGGAAAUAUUUCAAGCAUGGAAGCAAAAUCCACGAGCUAAUAGAAUCAAACCCGACCUGUUGAGGACAGUCCUCUGCAUUGGCGUGUCUGACGGUACUGCCGAUGACUGGGACGUCCUCUACAGCAGAUACCAGACAGAGACGUCGCUGUCAGUCAAGGACGACAUGCUGAUGGCGCUGUCGUGUUCUAGAGAGCCCUGGGUCAUUGACACGUAUCUUCGAAGAACCAUCACGGCAGGCGAGAUUCCAAAGGAUGAUACGACUCGGGUGUUAUAUUUCGCCCCUAGACUCAACGGCAAAACACAACCAUUCGUGUGGGACUUUCUCAAGCAACAUUACAGUCUGCUGAGGGACGACUACAGCGCCAGUUUCUACUACUUCGCCAAGAUGAUUCUUAGUGCAACAGGUACAUUCAACACGGAGUUCCACCUGAAACAGCUGGAGACCUUCGUCAAUUCUACAGAUGACCUUGGCAUUGGCUCAGCGGCCUUCUCGCAGGCGAUAAGUCAGACCAAGGCCAACAUAAAAUGGAUGGAUGAGAAUUAUCCAGUCAUCAAACAAUGGCUGAUGGAGCUGGGAUAUUACAGUACGUACAGUGAAACCUUGUCUGUACGAAAUUACAGUGAACCCUUGUCUGCACGAAAUUGUAGUGAAACCUUGUCUGUACGAAAUUGUAGUGAAACCUUGUCUGUACGAAAUUGUAGUGAAACCUUGUCUGUACGAAAUUGUAGUGGAACCUUGUCUAUACGACCCCUUCUAUUGCUAAUGAACAAAUUAUUGACAUUAGACAUUUACUUCAAGUGUCAAGUAGCUGUUUUGAAUAAUGAGGACCACAACCAGAAGGAACCUUCAACCUCAGAAGACAUUUUCCUUCCUAAAGACGUCAAGCCUAUCUCUUACGACCUGGAAAUGAAGCCUAACAUGUACGAGGGUGAUCCAGCCAGCUUCACAUUCGAAGGUUCUGUUACCAUACACAUCCAGUGUCUGCAGCCCACAAGGGACGUCACUCUUCACAUCAACAAACUCAACAUCACUUCCGGUUCUAUUGAAGUCGGACCAGACCGUGCCGGGGUAGCUGCAUUCAGAUACGUGUCUCACGAGGAAAACCACGUGAGCCAGUUCUUGACGAUCCAUGUGAAUGAAGACCUGAAGAAAGACGGCUUGUAUUAUCUCAAGAUGAACUUCACGGGGCCUCUUCGAGAUGAUCUUGCUGGGUUCUAUCUCAGUUCCUACAAAACCGGAAACACUACUGUUUAUCUGGCGACAACGCAGUUCGAGUCAACUGAUGCCCGGAAGGCAUUCCCUUGCUUUGAUGAACCGGCCCUGAAGGCGAGGUUUAACAUAGUACUUGUGAGGAAGAGGGACUUUAAAUCUACGUCGAACAUGCCGAUUAAUCGAACAGAAAUCAGGCCCGGCGGUUACCAAGCCGACAUCUACCAGACCACGCCACUCAUGUCUACAUAUCUCGUCGCGUUUGUAGUGUCGGAUUUUGAACAUAUAAACGGAAAUACCUCCCGUGGUUUACAGUAUCGUGUAUGGGCGAGGAAGAACGUCCUGACUCAGCUGGAUUACGCUCUGGAUGUGGGGACAAAGGUCAUCUCGCACUACGAGACAUACUUCAACCACACGUUCCCCCUGCCUAAACAAGACAUGAUCGCGAUCCCCGACUUUGCAAUGGGCGCCAUGGAAAACUGGGGGAUGAUCACGUACCGUGAAAGUCUGCCUGUCACCAACAACUAUGCUAAACAACAGGUCUUGGUGGCAAUUGCCCAUGAACUGGCACAUCAGUGGUUCGGGAACCUGGUGACACCGAAAUGGUGGGACGACUUAUGGCUCAGAGGGUUCGCCACAUUUGUGGAAUAUAUGGGAUCGGAUCUAGUAGAGCCACAAUUUAAGAUGUUUGAGCAGUUCGUGGUGCAAGAGAUGUUUCCUCUAUUUACUGAAGACGGCUUAGUGACGUCACACCCGGUCUAUGUUGAUGUGAAAACUGUCGACGAAAUCAACGAAAUAUUUGACGACAUUUCCUAUAACAAGGGAGGGACUGUGAUAAGAAUGCUGAGGGUUUUCAUCGGUGAAGAUACUUUCCCAGAAAGGUUUAUCCGUAAAUACUUGGAGAACCGGAAGUACUCAAAUGCAGACCAUGACGACCUGUGGGCAGCCCUCGACUCCCAAGCAAAGGCAGAUAAAAAACCAGUAGAUGUGGUGGACACGAUGAAGACGUGGACGCUGCAGAUGAACUAUCCAGUUGUCACGGUGUCCAGGGCGGGGGGCAACAAGCUGAAGCUGCAGCAGAAGAGGUUCCUCUUGGACCCGUCAGCAGCGGACCCCGGGACAUACACAUCACCCUACGAAUAUAAAUGGAAUAUCCCUUUCACCUUCACAACGAGUUCAGAGAAAACUUCAACAAGACUGAUGCGGACAUUACACGUACAGUACAACACUACCCAUUCCGACCACUGUCCAUCCGACUGGGUCAUCGGCAACAUUGGUCUGUACGGGCUGUACCGGGUCAACUACGAAGACAGCAACUGGAAGGCUCUCAUCAAUCAGCUAGCCACUGACCACACGGUGAGAGACUCUGUACCCGACAUGAUCGCGAUCCCCGACUUUGCAAUGGGCGCCAUGGAAAACUGGGGGAUGAUCACGUACCGUGAAAGUCUGCUGCUGUCACCAACAACUACUAAACAACAGGUCUUGGUGGCAAUUGCCCAUGAACUGGCACAUCAGUGGUUCGGGAACCUGGUGACACCGAAAUGGUGGGACGACUUAUGGCUCAAUGAGGGGUUCGCCACAUUUGUGGAAUAUAUGGGAUCGGAUCUAGUACAGCCACAAUUUAAGAUGUUUGAGCAGUUCGUGGUGCAAGAGAUGUUUCCUCUAUUUACUGAAGACGGCUUAGUGACGUCACACCCGGUCUAUGUUGAUGUGAAAACUGUCGACGAAAUCAACGAAAUAUUUGACGACAUUUCCUAUAACAAGGGAGGGACUGUGAUAAGAAUGCUGAGAUUUUUCAGUGAAGAUACUUUCCAGAAAGGUUUAUCCAGUAAAUACUUGGAGAACCGGAAGUACUCAAAUGCAGACCAUGACGACCUGUGGGCAGCCCUCGACUCCGUGACAAAGGCAGAUAAAAAACCAGUAGAUGUGGUGGACACGAUGAAGACGUGGACGCUGCAGAUGAACUAUCCAGUUGUCACGGUGUCCAGGGCGGGGGGCAACAAGCUGAAGCUGCAGCAGGAGAGGUUCCUCUUGGACCCGUCAGCAGCGGACCCCGGAACCUACACAUCACCCUACGAAUAUAAAUGGAAUAUUCCUUUCACCUUCACAACGAGUUCAGAGAAAAACUUCAACAAGACUGAUGCGGACAUUGUGUGGAUGAAGAGGGAUGACAAAACAGACACGUACAGUUCACCACUAUCCAUUCCGACCACUGGCAAGUCCGACUGGGUCAUCGGCAAUAUUGGUCUGUACGGGCUGUACCGGGUCAACUACGAAGACAGCAACUGGAAGGCUCUCAUCAAUCAGCUAGCCACUGACCACACGGUGAUUGACAAGACAAAUAGGGCACAGAUCAUCAACGAUGCCUGGGACUUGGCCCGAUCCGGCCACCUGAAACAGGAGAUAGCGCUCCAGACAGUGGAGUAUCUAAGCAAUGAGACUGAUUACUUCCCCUGGACUGCUGCUAGGGGAAAGCUAGCGUACGUGGACUCUAUGCUGCAGAACACAGAGAUGUAUGGACGGUUUAAGAAAUUCAUGAGGACCAUAACAGCAACACCCUUCUCUAAAGUGGGUCUGAAUGACACAGGUGCUUCCCAACUUGAAUCGUUUGCUCGGCGGGAGAUUGUGGCGGCGGCGUGUGAAUCCUCCAGUCGGGAAUGUGUCAGACAAGUCAAAGACCUGUUCUCGAAGUGGAAGAACAACUCAGUUCAAAACCCGCUGUACCCUGAGUUACGGAAGACCAUCUGUGUACGGGGUGGCCGAGGGGAGCCGGACGACUGGUUUGAGGUGUACUCCAGGUAUAAGACAGAAACCGAGAUUGCCAUCAAAGGUGAUCUGCAGUAUGCGCUGACGUGUGCCUCUUCUGAGUGGAUUUUACACACUCUUCUGAAACGCGCCAUCACGCCUUCAGAGAUCAGUCGUUCGGAUUCAACACGGAUCUUGUACUAUGUAUCGAACAGCGCCAGGGGACAGCCUUUAGUGUGGAACUUCAUCAAGGCGAACUGGCCACUUCUCCGUGAUGAGUUCAGCGCUACUUUCAACUACGUGGCUAAGAUGAUCACAGGCUCAACCAGAGGGUUCAAUACCAAGCAGCAGCUACAGGAGAUUGAGGACUUCAUGAGAUCAACUCCCAAUCUAGGAAUUGGUGAACGUGCUUUCCACCAAGCCGUAGAACAAACCAAGUCUAACAUUAAGUGGAUGAGCCACAUCUACCCAAGUGUUAAACAAUGGCUGGACGGGAUGUCUUUUUCUAUUUGAAGAUUGGGAAGGAGAGCGCCACUGUAACAGACACAGAAUAUACGGAAUAUACAUAUUUCAGACAUUGAGUAUACGGAAUAUAUAACUUUCAGAAAUUGAGUAUAUAGACUAUACAUAUUUCAGACACUGAGC